GUGCCUGCUGAGUGCCCGGCACUCUGGGCAGUGCCGCUGCCCUGCCGGGCUGACCCUGGCUGCCGAUGAGACCACCUGCCUGCCCCUCCACGACUCAGCCUUCGCCCUCCUCGCAUCACCAGCAGCCGUGAUGCAGGUCUACCUGAAGGAUCUGCCCACAACAGCCACAUCCCAAGGCCUCCCUCCACACCGGGCCCUGCCGCUGGCCAAGGUGGGGCGCCUGACUGCUGUCGACUACAUGGUGAAGGACAAGAGCCUGUAUUUCGCCGAGGCGGGGGGCGACUCCAUCGGGCUGCUGCGCCUGAAGGACUCGGGCCGGCUCUCCUGGCAGCGGGCGGUGGCCGUGGAGGGCUCGGUGUCCUCCCUGGCCCUGGACUGGCUGAGUGGAAACCUCUACUGGCUCGGGGGGCAGCCGGCCAGCCUCCAGGUGGCUGCGCCCGGCGGGCGCUGGGCCCUGCAGCUGCUCAGCGAGGGGCUGCAGGGGGCUGCCUGGCUGGCCCUGUGCCCUCGCGCCUCCACCAUGUGCUUCGUCACCGCGGCGGGGAGGCGAGGGCCGGGAAACGUGGUGGAGUGCGCGGCCAUGGACGGCAGCGGCCGCAGGGUGCUCUGGAGGAGAGCCCGGUCCCCUGCCGGCCUCGCCUUCGGGGGUGCCGGCACCAGGCUGUACUGGGCAGACCGGGAGAGGGGUGCGAUCGGCAGCAUCGAGCUGGACGGCUCCCACUUCCGAGUGGUGCGGGAGGGGCUGCACGGCCUCUCGCUCUUUGCCAUCGGAGACGGCUUUCUGCUCUGGACCACAGCCUCAACGAAUGGCUCCAGCAAGGUCUGGCACAGCCGACUGGAGCAGGCCAAGAGCUGGUGGUUCCCCAUGGAGCAGGAGCUGGUAGCCUUGAGGAUUUACAGCCAGAUCUCACAAGAAGGCACCCACGGCUGUGCGAAGAGCAACGGGGGCUGCAGCCAGCUCUGCCUGCCCACCCCCGCGGGGCGGCAGUGCCGCUGCGCCCUCGGGUACCGCCUGGUGCGUGGGGUGAGCUGCGUGCUGGCCCCGCCGUGCCCGGCCCCGCUGCGGGCUUGUGCUGACCUCCAGGGCUGCAUCUCCGGAGAGCAGCUCUGCGACGGGCACCCCGACUGUGCUGACGGCUCCGAUGAAUCGGGCUGCCCCUCUGUGGAGCCGAAGACACAGGUUCCCGUGGUGGUGGCACCCUCAGGCAUCUCCCACAUGAAAGAGGAGAAACCAGCCGUGCCCUCAGCCCCCCCUGCGCCUCGGCAGCCCGUCCCCAGCCUGCCCGCAGCCCCUGGGGAGCACCAAGAGCCCUUCCUGGUAACCCCCAACACCGAGGAGGUGCUGGGGGCCGUGCCCUGCAGCAGCGAGACGUGCAACCUGCGCGGGGACUGCGCCAUCGAGGCCGGGCGGGUGACCUGCCACUGCGCCCUGGGCUACCGCGGGGACUACUGCGAGGAGGCCGAGGUGCAGCCGGUGGCAGGACCCAUCGCCCUGGGGGUGGCCGUGCUCCUGCUGCUGGCCGCCGCUGCCGUGGGGGCCCUGGCCUACAUGCGGAGGCAGGACAGGAGGAGGAGGACCUCGAGCACCGCUUCCACCCGCGUGCUCACCCUGUACCACCGCGAAAGCGACCCCGAGGAAGAGGACGAGGAGGAGGAAGAGCUUCCCCCCAAAAGCGAUACCUUUGUGAACGAAGCUUAUGACGGGAAAGAGGAGCUGCCAGCCGCACUUGGGAAGGGACCGCCUCGCCCCGCUCCUGUAUUUCCAUAAAGGAACAUGGUGCAGCA